AUGGAGAUUAAUUCGUUCUCCUAUAAGUAUAAAAUAUAUUUAUCGAUAUAUAUGUAUAUAUCAAAUAUAUCCCUUUUCAUUCACGUUAUCGUCUCGUAUGUGUCAGAACGGAGCAAUGGCUUUUCUAGCUGCAUAUAAUUUUCCCUUUAUGAAAUGCGAGAGACGAAAAUCAAAAGCUUGCAACUUUAGGUCAAUUGUUAGUGUGUGGCUUUUUAUCACUAGUUCAACAAUAAAAAGCUUGUGUAACUUACACCUAAACUUUUAGUGAUUUUUUAAAAAUCACUAAGCGCCAAGCAAAUGCAGAGUGAUCGAUUUGGACAGUUUUUCCAAAAAUAAAAAAAAACCCAGAAUAUUCGCUAUAACGUUUUUUAUAAGUGACUGGCAAAUACUCGCCAUAGUUAAGGAUGACUGACGUUAUCUUUAACAGAAUUGCCAUUCGUUAGUCCAUUUUACAACUUUUCUCUAUAAUGAAAAAGUACUUUUUAAUCUUCAGGAGACAUUCACAUCUGCACUGAAUGACAUUUGUCUCAACUGAAGCCAAAGAAGGUGACUGCUGAGACGUAAUUCUUCUUGUGUGCCGACAACUUGCGGCGUGACGAGCAAAACCGAUACGCUCGACUGAAAUAAAGAAUGGCGAAUGCAACUGAGGAUGAAAACCCACAUUUACAAACCAAGAAUUUUCGGGCGUUUCAGGGCUUACAUUAGCUCAUAAGAUAAUUGUGUUGAUGCUUGGUAUUCCUCUGUCCAUCAGUGCAGUUGUAGGAAAUGUUCUGAUCAUCGUUGCCCUUUACAAAGUGUCUUCUCUUCACCCGCCGUCAAAACUUUUGCUCGCCUGCCUUGCAUUCACAGAUUUGAGCGUCGGUCUUAUUGCGCAUCCUCUUUUUUGUGUUCUCUUAUUUCAGUCAGAGCGCCCGAGUAGUUAUUCCGGGGUUUUGAUCGUUCUUAAUACGAGUUUUGUGUUUAGUUAUGUAUCUUUGUCAACGAUGACUGCAAUAAGUGUCGACAGACUUCUCGCUCUGUUGCUAGGGCUAAGAUACAGGCAAGUUGUAACUGUGAGGCGAGUAAAAAUUUCCAUCGUUGCUCUUUGGAUUUUGUAUUCCUCUGUCGUAAUGAUGGUAAUUUACGGCAAUCGACGCAUGGCUUUAGGUAUUUCCUCUGCAGGAUUUGUAAUGUGUAUAGUAAUCUCCACUUUCUGUUACACCAAAAUUUAUCGCACACUUCGUCUUUCUCAAGUACAAGUCCAAGAGCUAAGUCACCAAGGACAACCGAAUGAAGAAGGAACUCCACUGAACAAAGAGCGAUACAAAAAGACAGUGUCCACAGCACUGUGGGUUCAAAUAACAUUACUGGCUUGUUACGUACCGUUUGGAUUAAUCUCACUUUUUGUAAUUACCGCAUCGCGCACGCCGUCGAUUGUCUUCGCUUGGCUUCUCAGUAUAACGCUUUUGUACUUUAACUCGACUUUAAAUCCAUUACUAUACUGCUGGAAAAUGAGAGAAUUAAGACAAGAAAUGAAGAACGUUAUCAGAAAAAUCUGGUGGAUAUCAAAUUAAGCGUUAGAGUAGAUAGCACAAAUGAUCCUCACACUUGAAUAGCAGUCGAACAAAUCUAGACAAAGUACCUGAAGAGUAAUGGCCUGGACAGAGUACCAACUCGUGCCUCCUGGAUCAGAUACUUGUUAAGGGUUAUUACCAGAAGUCUCUAUUAUAGGUUAAACUGUCUAUGUUCUGAUUAACAAGCAGCGAUGUUUACUGAAAUCGAAAGCAGAUUUAAGAUAUGAUUAAUAUGUGGUCAUUGUAAUGACAGCCUAAAUAAGUUGGACCGUGACCUUGCACAAAAGCAGAGUUAAGCUUGUUAAGCUAACAUUUAUGAUGAAAAAUACCGACAAAUCUAUUUACAUAAUAUGUAAGCAAACAGCAACCAUUAGUUAAACCAACUACAUGUUUUACACGUGCAAGAACUGUUCAGGCUUCCUGUUCUUAGAUACUCUGAUGAAAGAUGACGAGGCGAGCCGACCAAAACAUACAAAAAUCUCUUUUGGAGAACAAGUGUACACUUUUGGAGAUUAUUAAAUAGUUACAGAAGAACACUAUCGUAUUUUUGUCUCAUCUACGUCAUCUUCUCCGAUGGAUGCGUGUUGCACACACAAAGCAUUUGCAUGGGAAAAAAUGUUACCCGCGCGUAUCCUUUAAGCGUUUUUAAUUGGCAAUGGAGAUAAUUUUCCAAAUUACCGGCGCGUCUCUUAAAUGUGACCCAUACCACAAGAGAGAAGUUUAAAAAAAUUGCUAUGCAGAGUCGUUCCCGAUGGUCUUCAGAGUGCUUAGGUCGGCACGUGCGGCAUGAUAACACGGAGGGUGAUUGGAACGAGAAAGUGUCAGUCACGCGUCAACACUUUCACCCCUCCCUUUGGCCCUUACCCUCUGCGUUCCCAGCGUGCCACGCGCCACGCGAAAUGAGGCUAACGUGCAAAUGUAUCGAAUGGAAAUUCAGUUGGAGCGACAUCGUGCAACAUAAGUAGCAUUAUUGAGCGAUCGCAUUACAGUUCGUUGUUGACUUUCAGGGCGGCUCUUGAUCAAGAACACUUCCUCAUAGCUAUUCUUCUCAACUUCAUAGUUGCCACAAUUUAAGUUCAUUAUCAGCCCUACAAAGUGUAUCGUCUGUGCACCCUGGUAUUGUUACGAUUAUAUCAUUAUUACAUCACUUUGCAAAAUGUCAAGAAAGUUCCAGAGUGUUCCAUAAUCGAACUCGCUUUACCACUAUACCAAAACAGAAAACAAAAGCGUUGUGUUGAGAAAUCUUUCUCUAGCUUCAGUUUUAUUUACUAACUAUCAAGAGUGACAACGCGUCUUGUUGCCAUUUUAUGACAGCAGAAUAUAAUUGUCAAAUGCUUUUAAUACAGGGCCAAAUCAACUAAAAAAAUUCGAUUUCACCAACUUAUUGGCGAUAUCUUAUUAAAAAUUCGCACGAAACACCAGGCUAGCCAGGGCGCCUUGUCGGUCUCAAUUUUGCCAUUCAUUUUGGUUAGUUGACUGAGCGGCUCUUUUGAGGAAACGGGUACUGUAUUGUAGUAGCUCAUUCUUAUUUACUUUUGAACGCAAAAACUAGAUCUGUCGCGGAAUCUAUACGGACUCCGCAGUCGCUGGUUAACUCGAUAUCAAUCGAAAAGGACUGUAUACUAACUUCUUUUCCAAGUUUUAUUCUCGACGAACUCCGCCGACGUUAAGACAAUUCAUUCUACCAAUUCUCUUGUUGUAACAGUUCAAAGUUAACGUUCUCCCAAAUUUAACUUAAACUAUAUCUGUUACGGUCUUUCAUAGUUCGCCUUGCGUAACUACCAGCUAGUACUUUCCCUACAAUCACGAGUGCAGUAAAUUCCCAAGCCAACCUAUUGUAAAGCGUCUAUAUUUAAUUCUUAUUACCCAAAAGCACGUUUCUCCUUCCUUAUUAGGCGGACUAAACGCGUGCAAUUACAUCUCUAUUACAGUAAAUCAAAUGUGGACUUUGUAAAUGUACCAUUGUUAUGAAAUCUGUCACACUCUCGAUUGCAAUCAUUUACAAUUCCGUCACAUAAUUAAUAUUUACGAGGACAUUUAAUCAAUGACUUGAUUCGAAAUUAAUGUUCACCGACACUAUCUGCAAAAAUCGUGCGUUUAAGAUUCUAAGAUCUACCAACAACACAUUACUGGGUGCAUCAGGAAAAAGGGGCACGAAAAGCCAAUAUUAAGUCAUUUCCUGUGGCGAAAGUUGUCUUACGUAUUUCUUUAUCACUCGGAAUAAAGUGAAUUGCUUGUUCUUUCCAGCGACCUCUUAAUUUCAAAAGGUACCCCGGGAUCAUUGAUUACUUAGCCCUUGAAAAAUAGAAUAUUUAAAAUGCUCUGGUAUUUGGUGAUUUUCAUUCGACAGCAACGGAAAGUUCAAAGUUUGAAACGCACGUGCAAAAUUGUUUUUCUCCCUUAAGCCUUUCGCCUCGUCACGUACUUGAAAUGUUGACUGUACUGUCGCUGUUCUAUGUAAGUUCCUGAUGCGAUGAUAAACAACUUCAUGAGGUAAGUUGCCGCAGGAUUUCCACGUGAGAGAUUUUCCUAUAGAGACGUGUUUUUUAGUUGGAAGAGUUCAAAUGGAACUUGUCUUUGAAAAAAACGGUUUUCCACAACUUUUGGCAUGAUCGUAAGUCAAAGUCGAAAUGAGGAGCUUUAGAUAAUUGCAUUUAGAUUUUAACAUUUUACAAACUUCAGCGGGAUAGUUUGAAGAAUCAUUUUAAUGAUUAUCACGUUGAGGCGACUGCUGUGAACUGAUCCUUCUCGGCUUAAAACAACAAAAAAAAGUAAAAGGAAAAAAUCACACUGAAGCAAUGGAGAAUUUAACAGAAGAUAGAAAAUAUGUGGCAACAAAGCAAAUGAUCUGUACUUCUGGUCUUGGAGCAGCGGCCAGUCAUAAGAUAUUGUCUUUGACGUUGACAGUUCCUCUAUCCAUCACUGCAAUUUUGGGAAAUAUUUUGAUCAUCAUUGCUCUUCGAAAGGUAUCCUCUCUUCAUCCACCGUCGAAACUUUUGCUCGGCUGCUUGGCGUGCACCGAUUUGGGGGUGGGCCUUAUUUCUGAUCCUCUUCUUAAUGGUCUUUUUCUUUCUCCAGAGCGCUGGUUUGGUUGUGACGCCUUUUGGAUCCUUUUCAAUACCACCGGUUUUGUGUUUGCUGGUGUAUCUUUGUUAACAAUGACCGCAAUAAGCGUAGACAGACUUCUUGCUCUGUUGCUGGGGUUAAGAUACAGACAGAUGGUAACUGCGUGGAGAGUGAAAGUCCUUAUUAUUGCCCUUUGGCUUUUCAGCACUUUAGUUGCAAUGGUAGCGUUUUACAGUCAUCGUCUCGCUUUAAGCAUCGCUUGUGCAGCACUUGUGUUGUGCAUUGUAAUCUCUACUUUCUGCUACAACAAAAUUUAUCGCACACUCCGUCUUUCUCAAACACUCGUUCAAGGCCAAGUUUAUCCUGAACAACCGAAUGGGGAAGGAAUUCUGCUAAACAGAGCACGAUACAAAAAGACAGUGUCCACAGCAUUGUGGGUACAAAUGGCGUUACUGGCUUGUUAUCUCCCUUUUGGUUUCAUCUCUGUUUAUAUGACAGCUGGAUUGCACACACCGUCAAUUAUUUUCGCCUGGGCUCUGACGAUAUCUCUGAUGUACUUUAACUCGACUCUAAACCCAUUCCUGUACUGCUGGAAGAUGAGAGAGCUAAGAAAAGAAGUAAAAAACACGGUAAAACAGUUCUUCCGCCUGUCAGGUUAACUGUGUGAUGCUGCACGAAGCAAUUGAGAAUCAUUUCUCCGUGUGA